CCGAGGACCGUGAGCCACCGGCCACUACUGUCGGGACACCAUGAGGUCCGUCACGGCUUCCCGGUGUUUGGACCUGUUCGUCGCCUUGUCUCUGGUGGGCCCGUCUGUCCACGCGGGCCGGACGAUCGCACACGCACCGGAUCCGCAGAAGUCCCGCACCGCCGGGCUCGGGGUGAAGGAGUACUCCCAGAUCGUUGCCCAGCACAAUAGACUGCGCAGCCGGGUCAAACCCAUGGCAGCUAACAUGCAAAAAAUGGAGUGGGAUGAGGAGUUGGCCCUAGUUGCAAGUGAGAUGGCAGCAUCAUGUGACACAGGCCCCUCCCCUCAGCGCUCCUCAACUUUCACUCACAUUGGCUUGAACCGACGUCUUCUUCCUCACGGUGUUGCCUCAUUUUCUGAAGCCAUUGACUCCUGGUUUGAGGAGGGAAAGGAUUUCCUCUACUUGAGUGGGCGAUGUGGAGAGAACGCCACUUGUCAACACUACACACAGCUGGUGUGGGCCACUUCGAGUCACGUGGGCUGUGCCAGCCAGCUGUGUCACAGAGGAGGAGACCCCUGGGAAAUAUUUGCCUGUGCAUAUUCCCCCGGGGGGAACUGGGAGGUGAAUGGUCGACUGGUGUUGCCCUACAAGUCGGGGCCUUACUGCUCUCUCUGCACCUCUUCCAUGUCUGGCUGCUUUAGACUGUGGGACCAUGUAGGUGGAUUGUGUGAGAUUCCAAGGAAUCCAUGCCGUAUGAGCUGUGGUCAGCACGGCCAUCUCAACAUCUCAUCCUGCAAGUGCAAGUGUGACGCUGGCUUCACUGGACACUUCUGCCAGGUGCGGUGCAGCGUGCAGUGUGUACACGGUCAUUUCAAAGAGGAAGAAUGCUCUUGCUUGUGUGAUGUUGGCUACGGUGGUGCUGAGUGUGCAGAGAAAGUGCAGUUUCCCUUCCACAGCUGUGAUGUGAUGAUAGAUGAAGAUUGCUUCACGUUGUCUUCGGAAGCCGACACCUACUAUGGAGCCAAAAUUCGCUGUCAGACACAGGGGGGUAUUUUAGGUCAGAUCCACAGUCAGAAGGUUCAGGACAUCCUGGCGUUUUAUCUCAGUCAACUGGAGACGAGCAACGAGGUCACCAACACCGACUUUGAGACACGAAAUUUCUGGAUUGGUCUGACAUAUAAGCCUCUGAAGGAGUCAUUUCACUGGGACACAGGCGAGCUCCCUGGAUUCAGCAGCUUCGCCUUUGGGCAACCUGACAACCAAGGUUUUGGAAACUGUGUAGAGCUGCAGGCAUCAAGUGCUUUCAACUGGAAUGACCAGCGCUGUAAAACACGAAACCGAUACCUUUGCCAACACGCUGCAGAGCACAUUGCCCGGUGGGACGACGGCAGGUGAUGGACCUUGAUUUCUCAAAGUGGUGAAUCUAGGUGCGUGUCGUACUGUACAUGUGAAAUGCUGGUUUGGAAAAUGGCCACUUUUGUUGAUAUCUUUUGUCAAACAUUGUAGAUGAAUUAGUGUAGUUUACUGUACAUACUGUACAUGUUUCAAUGAUUAAUAAUUGUUAAUCUGUUAUCAUUAAACAGUUGUAUGGCUCUCGGAAAAUUGAUUACU